UUGCUCUCUGAUUGUGAGUGUAUGUGUCUCAUACCUCCGCCGCUGUAUAGACACAUACACACGACACAUGACAAUCCGUACUAUUUAUUGUUGUUUGGCUGUGUAAAAAGUUGCGAUUGUGCAAGAAUUUUUCAUCAUCAUCAUCAUCCUCAUCAACAACAAACAUCAACUCAAACGUCGUACGCUACACGCCACACUGAAAAAUUUGCUCGUCUAAAGUAUUUCAAUCACCAUCAGAAUCCAACUUCAAACAAAACCUGUGCAAAAAUAGUGAAAUUUUGUAAAUUACUCAAAGCAAAAAGUGCUGAAAAUUACACGAGCAAAAGGAGGAAGUGAAUUCAAUGACAAUUUUAUACAUACAAAAAUUUUCUUAGUAGUUUUACCCGAAAAAAAGCCAACUUAUCGCUCCGGAAAAGAACAUGGAAAACAAUUUACUGUGGUGUCCUAGUGUUAAAAUAGAGUCUAAAUCUAAGAUAAGAACAUGAAUAACUUUGAGCUUAUAGUGUAUUAAAAAUAAGGAAAAAAAAAUCAUAAAUUUUACGCGAAAUUUUCGAAAACAAAAAAAGUGAUAUGGAUUUGUAUAACGAACCGCUGAACCUGAGUGUUCGCAGUAAACCGGUUGCCGUAGUUCCGCCAUCGUCGAGCACGAAGAACCUCGAUGAACGUGGCUCGCCUCCGCGAGAUUUUCACUCUGACGAGCCGGAGGACGACGACUCGACGUCAGACACCCAAACAGAAAAUAUUAAGACUGCUAGUAGUAAUAAUAAUGAAUCAAGUCGAGGAGUCGCUGCCGCAGAACCAAAUUUAGUCACUGUCACGAGCUUAGCGAAUAACGGGCUGCUCGAGCCGAAAAUGAAGCAGUUUGAGACGCAGUCCGACGACGAAGAAGACGAGGACUCGGAUAGUCGGAAUACGUCGCCAGCAUCAGUUCCUUACCAAAAAUCUGCGAUUUCGGCCAUUCUCACGGCUUACAUGGAGAAUUUCCACGAGCAUCAGCAGUCUUUGGAUGCCGCAAAGUUACAUUUGCAGCAAUAUCUCAAACUGACAAAUCAAUAUUUGCAAAAAUACGCAGAAUUGGUUCCGUCGGGGGGUGCGGGGGACAGUGCAACGACGACGACAACCAAUGCCAGUAAUGCCGUCGGUACGAAUAUCAACAAUAACAACAACAACAACAACAAUAACAGCAACGAUACCAUCAACAACAUCAUCCACACGAACAUCCUCACGAACAAAAUCACCACAAACAAUUUAAUUUCCAUAAUUAACAAAUUGCUGGAACAGAAUAUCGUAUCGGAAUUUUAUUUCAAGCACGCCACGGCAUUUCAGGAGCAGCAAAAACUCCGACAGGACAUUAUUUGUCACGACGAAUUGGAUUAUGAUGGACCGAAGGGUGGCGGCGGCGGCGGCACGAUGCAUGUAAUGGGCAACGGUGCUGCGUCGAUGAUGGGUAUGGCGACGGGCGGCAUGUUGGGUGGCAUGUUGCUGGAUCAUCUGUCACUCAAUGCGACGCGCGAUAACAAUAAUGGAAAUGGUGCGAGCGGCAUUUCGCGACAUCAACAGCAGCAGCAGCAGCAACAACAUAUGCUAAGUGAUAAUAAUAAUAGUAGUAGUAGUAGUAGUUUAAUGACAGCAACAAACUCCGUGCUUGGGGGCAUCACAGGGUUAGCGGCGCCGUUGUUUAUGAAUCAAUCGCACGCCAGCAAGCUUAAAACGAUGAAAAAUUUAGCGAUGAUUGCCAGAGAAAGGUGA